CUGAGGGAAGGUGUAGUUUCCGUGAAGCGCCCAAUGACGAUCACGAUCGAAGGCGUGAACUUGACAGCAAGAUGAUUCAGGAUGAUUUACCUCCUUCACUGGAACGUGUGGGAUCUGGUUCGAUAUCUCUAUCAGUUCGGCCCAGCAAUAUAGCCAACUUCUCAUCCAGAGAUGCUGCUUCGCUUCAUUCCCAGGCGACCUCUCUCUCUUCCACGUUUCGCCUCAGCUAGAUAUAUGUCUGGGACCGUCUUUGGUGACAACUGCCCAUUAGUCGUGUCACCGAGACAGCUGUUCGAUCUUCCCCCUAAAUCAGAUGUCGCGGUCAUUGAUGCUAGCUGGCAUAUGCCCAACUCGCCGCGUAAGGCGAGGGAGGAGUUCCUGAAGAAACGGAUUCCGAACGCGCAAUUUCUCGACCUUGAUGAGGCCGCCAGUCCACAUGAGUUGGGUUUGAAGCAUAUGAUGCCCACAGGACAAGUCUUUGCCAAGGCUUGCCAGUCCCUUGGAAUCUCUCCGAAGUCGCAUGUAGUUCUCUACGACACCCAUGGCGUGUUCUCGUCUCCACGUGCAUUGUUCAUGUUCCGUGCACUUGGACAUGAUCGUUCAAGUAUUCUCAACGGCGGUCUCCCACAUUGGGAAGCAAACGGUUGUACGGUUGAAACUGGAGAACCGAAGCCCGUUGAGCCCAUUGAAUAUCCGCCGCCGUUCUUGGAUCAGGAAGUUAUUCGCAGUAAGUGUUUGCAUCCUCUGCAAUAUCGUUUUGGACUUAGCUUUUCGAUAGGUUAUGAGCAAAUCAUUUCCAAUGCCAAUCGUGACCCCUCAACGGAACCUAUCGCUGAACUGGUGCUGGAUGCCAGACCCAAAGGACGGUUUGUACUCGAGCUUCCAUAUGCACACUUUCAUUACCAACUGAAUAUGCCUGGGCUUUUCAGAUAUCUUGGAACUGAUCCCGAACCCAGACCUGGUCUCCCAUCAGGCCAUAUACCACAUUCACUCUCCCUGCCUUUCACCGCGUUCCUAGAUACAAAUACGUACAAACCCACACCAACCUCAGAGGAAGUCACUUAUACCACUCUCCGAUCUCCUCAUAAGAUCAUAGAAAGCCUUCGCUCAGCAUUGGGCGAUGAACGGCUGAAGGAGGUUAUGGAAGGUAAGCGAGGCGUCGUGACAAGCUGCGGAAGUGGUAUGACUGCCGGUGUGCUUUGGCUUGGGCUGAAGCUUCUGGGUGUGGAGAAUGUCGCUUUGUAUGAUGAGUCCUGGACUGGUUAUGCUGCGAGAGAAUCAAGUCCUAUUGUCAAAGCCAACUGAUGCAUUAUGUACUUACCAUAUUCUCGGAACAUCCCAAUAAAACUCACGUAUGCAAUAUGUCUCUGGCCUCGAUGCUGGCCUUCAAUACAGCCCAAUGACAGCAAGCUCGGCGAUUCUAUCGCACUACGCCGCAGCCCGAGUAUGUAAUACCUGACUAGCUCGUAUGGAAUGGAAGGGAGUGGUGUAGCAUACAGACAGCCGAGCACUUCAAGCCGUCUCUAUGUUAAUAAUACAGUAUAAACCCAGUACAUCCCGCAGGAUUUAAUCGAACGAUGUUCCUUCGCCUUCAAUCACAUCGAGCUAAUAUCCCGCUUAUAGAAGUCUAAUACGUCGAGAAACGGCGGAGACGAAUGUGGCCGCGGUUUGGCCGAGACAUACGCUGCCCGACCAAUGUAAGUCACUUCGACGCGGUGUUUGUUGCCUUUGCGCAAUAUUGUUACUUGCCAUCUGCGAAAACCAAUUCUUCUGUUAGCUGCAUGGAUGAGUCAUACAUAAAUGAGA